AUGGUCAACGCUAGCGGUCCAAGUAGCGGAGCAGAGGAGUUUGCGGCAUUUAACCCUCGGUUGGGUCAGUCUCAAACAGUAACAUCAUCUCAAACAAUAAUCACAGUAGUUGGUGAGGAUGUCAUCUUACCAUGCUACCUUGACUCUGCGUCAGAUGCUGUUUCUAAGAGUCUGGAGUGGGGAAGACCUGACCUGGAUCCCAGAUUUGUCCAUGUGUGGUUUGAGGGUCAAGACCAUCUGGUUAAUCAAAACCCAUCUUACAAAGGAAGGACAUCACUGUCCACUGAGAAACUAAAGCAGGGAGACCUUUCACUGAAACUCACUAGAGUCAAACACUCUGAUAAUGGCAGAUAUAGAUGCUUUUUUCCCUCAGAGUCCAAAGAAUCUACUGUUGAACUUCUUGUUGGUUCACUUUCCUUACCUACAGUAGAAGAAGUCAACAUAAACAGGAGUGCAGUGGCUUUACAGUGUAAGUCUGCAGGCUGGUAUCCAGAGCCUGAGCUGCUGUGGAUGGACAGUGAUGGAAACAGCCACUCUGCUGGACCUACAGAGACCCUCAGAGGUCCUGAUGACAUCUAUACUGUCAGCAGCAGAGUGACUGUGGAGAAGAGACACAGAAAUACUGUCAACUGUAUAGUCCAACAAAGGGAUAUCAACCAGAGCAGAGAGACACAGAUGCAUGUUUCAGAGAAAAAGAGGCAAACUGAGGAUGAAGCUGAGGAGAAAGAGAAAGAGCAGCUGUUGGCAGAAAACAAGAAGUCGGAAGAACUACAGCGGAAAGAGGAAGAGCUGAAAGACCUGGAGGAGCUGGUUAAUAUACUGAUUGAACAGGAAAACGAACUGAAGAAAGUGAAAAAUGAACUCAAACAACAAAGGGAUAAGGUGGAUGGUGAGGUGGAGGAUAUUGAAAACAAGCUUCAGUGUCUGCUACCUGAGGUAUUCACUAAGCACAUCAUCUGUUGUGGCCAUCUUCCUGAUGUACUCAUGGAUGUUUGUGGUCUCAUCCUGGACGGUGGUUCUGACACUCAUUAA